ACACACGCGGAGCGGUGAAUAGUAAAGUACUAUCGCAUUGUGUGUCCGGUACACAGAGCACGCUCUACGGGGUAAUCGCUCGCGUGCGACUUGUGUGUGUAUGGGUGUAUUAGCUGCUUUUGUAUACUCGCAAAAUCUGUAUAAAAAGUUUGGCACGCGCGGAGUCAAGCACCACAACUUGUUCAUUCGCUCAGCCGAAGUACUCGCCGAUUUUAACUUUCGCUCACGCUGACUCCAUUGCACUCACAAGUCACAAGCAGUGCAGCUUUACCCGGACUAACAAAAUUCUUGUUCUUGAUUAUCAGUGAUUAUCUUGGUUUAGUUUAGCCAAGGUCAAUUGCUUUGGACUUAAUUAAAUAAUUAAUCGAUACUUAUCGGAGAUUUUUCUUGCUUUGGGUCAUCAUAAUUCUUUGGAGCUUUCGUGUCUAGACUUAACUCUAUAUUGAUGUUAUUCUACCCGUCAAUGCCGUGCCUAGCGACCUACCCCAGCCAGAACAAAGAUAUGAUUCCCCUCACGACGCCCUCUACGCCGAACCCCACGCCACUGGGUCCACCCACCGGUGCUACGACCACCACCACCACCCUCAAACCGGCCGGAGAUUCCCCGCUCACCGACAGAAGCAUGGACACAUCAACGCCAGGUCUGCUGGGCGGCGUCGGCAGCGGAAUCCACAAAUCCGAGCAGGACUCGACCAACAACAAUGCCGGCGCCAACGGCAAGGGAAAUGACGACGUCAAGUCACCGGGCGAUCCCAAGGACGAUGAUAAGAACGACAGCGAUGCCAAGAGGAAGAAGAGGAGAAACAGAACGACGUUCACAAGUUACCAGCUGGAAGAGAUGGAGAAGGUUUUCCAAAGGACGCAUUACCCCGAUGUGUAUUGCAGAGAACAACUCGCUCUCAGAUGCGAUCUCACAGAGGCACGAGUCCAGGUAAGAGUGACGUCACUUACUACUUAUUAUUACGUCACAAUGUUUGUUUGUCUUCUAGGUGUCGAGGAUAGACGAGCGCAGGUGAAUGUGGUGGUGCUUGUAAUUUUGUCGUCAUCCACUGAGCGAAUUUCAAUUACUGCGCUAAUGGAGAUUGAUUAUAGUUAAGCGAUGUGUAUUAAACGAUCAAUUCAUUAUUUUGUUUGUGGACUUCGGCGCGCGCGCUCGUCUCCCUUGCGUUGAUAAUGAAAACUUUGCAAGCUCUGGCCGCUAGACAGUUUGCCUACAGAAGCUUUCAUUGACGAUAAAAAGACCUCCUAAAACAUGUAAAACUCUUAUGUUUCUUUUAACUAUAUAAUGUUAGGUACUCCUUGAGUUAUAGUGACUAAAACUUCGCCCUAAUGCCGAUAAAGAUUAUGUUCUUCAUGUCACUUUCAAGUCUUUGUUUAGAGUAAGGGAGGGGGAGUUUGAGCGUGAGUCGGAUAUCGUGCAAAUUGAAGAUAACCCCUUCUCCCCCCGAACACCGGUGGUUGGCGAUAUCUACUUCCGCCCUUUCCCCCUCACGGGGUCACACAGGUCAAAUCUAGAGGGAUGCGCUAUCUAUGGAGUGCCGCUUGAAACAAUCCCCAAGUAUUAAUUACGAACGAUUAUAAAGAAAUGAAAUAUUUUACAAUUUUAUAAUUAUCCUGAUUAUUGUCACUUUUAUUCUUUUAAUGUGACAACAAAUUAUUAGACAUAUUUCAUUGUAUACAAUGUUACAUAACAGGGGCUAAUCAGAAAAAUCUAAUCACGGUUAUGCUUGCAAGAUUAUUUAACAACUUUAAAUGAUAUUAGUUUGACCGAUUUCUUUAUAAUCGCGCACAUAUUAGGGCCUGUAAGCAAAGUGUAUUUUGUUGAAAAAAAAUACACAAAUGAAAUACCAAGGGAGAUAUUGAAACAUUGUGAAUUGUUAGGUAGGUUAAAAGAUAGUUGUUAGUGAUUUAAUAUUGGUUUGGCUGAGGAUUUUCUUAGUACGAUUUUUAAAAUUAAAACCCACAAACUGCAUACCCUAAAUAGACUAUAUUUGUGUAGUAGAUAACUCUCAGUCAGCGAUAGACCCAUCUUUAUACAUAACUGUAUCACCAUGAUCACUUUGAUGAUAUUGAGCCUCCGCAGCAGGUGCCAUGCAUCCUGCCUAGCCACCCCGACGGGGUCCCUAUUCACAGGAAAGGGGGGCAAGAUUGCACCCCUAGGGGACAGGGAAAGCUCCUGAGAACCCCAACAGAGUGCAUAAAACUAGGUGCAAGGGGUGGGUCGAGAAUACGUAUAAUAGGUAUCAUUUCAAACUAACAUCAAAUGAAUUCAAGUGGAUCAUCCUAAAUAUUAUUCUUUUUAUCAAAAAUAUAUUAAGAAAACGAGAAAUUACUAAAAAGACUUUGUUUGAUUCAUAAUAAUUCCAAUAACCUUUGGCUCUCCACCAACAAAAAAUCGAUGUAAAUAACCGCAUUUCUUAAAAGAAUUUAUAAUUUUCAAUAUCAGUUUGGGUGCUUUAAUGUAGUCCAUGCAUGGCGUUGUAAAGUGUAAUGCAAGAUAAUGAAUCAGCAUCACCACUCCCCCUCUCCGCUCGAACCCCUAAAUGUGUUGCCAUUGUCUCGGGCGUUGGGCAUGUGCCCAGACAAGUUACGUAAUAUUUCCGCGGUCACCUCUCCCCUCCUUUCCGUUGGUGACUCGCCGUGUCACAAACAGGACAUGGAGAAGGGGAACACCUCAAAAUAACCUUAAGCUAUACCACGUGAUGGGGAGGGGGAAACCCUUCGAAAAUGAGUUCGAAAAACAAGACAAAUUUUCAACCUUAUUUUAUUCACUUGAUAAAAUCAAUUAUUGAUGCAUCGAUAGUUCAAAGAUUUGAAUAUUUACUAGAUUAUAAACAGGGGCCGCGGAGCCCGGGUGGGGCGGGGGGGGGGGUUGAGCCCCACUAAUUAUGUUUUGUUUGCAUGGACAGCCCCCUCCCUUCACUUUAAAAACCGUCCGCGACGAUCGCCAUUUGCCUUUAUGAAAUAGAACCCCUAGUUCCC